CGCUUUGUUGAAAACGACGAAGACGACGACGACGACGAAAAACAAAACCAGAUACGACCGCAUAACUCGAAUCCCGAAUCGGUACGGCUUCCUUUUCCACACGGCAAUGCUUUCCGCAGAUGAUAUUCCAACCGGCGAACUCGAAGAGAUCCAACCGAACGAAACGGCGACGGAUCAUUCCCCUGUAGGCAAGGUCGUAAUCGAAGACGACGAGGAAGCCCCGAUGGCGACGACAACGACAACGAUGCAAGAAUCGAACCCGCCAACCCCCGACGAAGAAAACCCCUCGUCGGUAGCAGACACCGAAGAAGCCAAUGCAGCUACCGACGUUGACGAUUCGGAGACCACAAACGAGAAUCCAGGCAAGGAAGGGGUUGCCGAAACAGAUACCAAAGAUGACGAUCCAAUGCGAGAAGGCCCCGUUGCAAGCAAAGAAGAUCCGAAGGAUAACGAUGGUUCCGAAAAGGAUGGAAUGGAAGACGGGGAGCUAACACAACGGGUGGCCGAACACGAUUCCGAUACAGAGAAACAGGAUCCAGCGCGAGAUGCUUCGGAAGUCGAUGCCCAAAAAAUGGAUCCAGCGCAAGACGUUGUCGAUACAGAUACGGAUACCAAAAUAGAGGAUCCAAGACGAGAGAGCUUGGAAACCGUCACACAAAUAGAGGAUUCGAUACAAGACGUUGCCGCAACCGAUAUAGAACAGGACCAUGCAGCGCAAGAAACUGCCGAAACAGAUCCGGGAGAGGAUCAUGCAGGGCAAGAAGUUGCCGAAACACACUUAAAGCAAGAUGACACAACACAUAUCGCCGAGAACGACAGCAACUGCGGGGGAACGAACCAGACACAAACACAACAACAACAACAAGAGGAGGCGUCAUUUUCCACCAAAGAAGAUGUUGACACCAAUUCCGUGUGUUCGUCGGCUUCGACUGUUUCUAGUGACAAUAGCACUCGCAGCGACAGCUCUCGAUCCUCUGGCGGUAACGGUUUUUGUUUGUUCUUUGACGACUUUGUUGAUUUACAGACGAAGCUCGUUCUGAUGCCCUAUGUCGAGGAGGAAGGCAAGGGUGCCGUCGUUGCCUCGUAUCCCGAAGACGGACGGUUCGAAGGACUCGUGCUGGAAUACCUGAACGGUAUCGAAGUCCUUGAGACGGCAGAUUUUACGGAUCUAUUGGCCGCGCUUCGCGAAGCAACGACGCCGAUGAAGCUAGGAUUCAAACCAGUUAGACAAGAAGUCGAGACACCUUUACCAGUCGGUGGAGAAGAAAUGAAACAAAACGAAGUUGUCGGCGAUGACGAAGACGAAGCGUCGACGAUGGAGGAUAUCGACCUAAGUGUUAUUCACGAGGAAAAGAAAGAAGAUGGCGGAGACGGCUCUGAAAUGACGAAGACGCACGCUGAUUUGAGCUCUAGCAGCAUUGCAACACCCAAGACAGAGAAUCGUCGAAGUGUCUGUGCGGUUGAUGGUGAUACCAACAACAAGCUAAUAGAACCCAAGAAUCUGUUCCGAACUUCAUCAACAGAGACAGACAAGAACAUCGAAGCUUCGACAACAGCGACACCGGCCAACGCAGCCUCGUCGUCGUCCUCGGCACCGUCAUCUUAUCUGGAAAAGAGGCAAUCCACACCCUCCAAGGAGCACACCAAAUCUAUAAACUCGGCACUGGACCACCAUCACAAUGAGGAUUCUUCUGCUGUUGGCACGAACGACUCAAACAAGUUUUCGUCGGGAAUGUUUGCCCUGAGCGCAUGGGGGAUGAGAAUGAAAGCACAGUCAGAAAAACUCCUGGCAACAACCGGUGAGGCAAUAGCGGCGCAGCAAAAGAGGCACCACCACCACCAGCAACAAAAGCCGUCCACUUCGGUUCUCAAAUCUCUCAAGCAACAGAAACAACAACAACAAUGCUGCGAUAUGUACCUACAGACGAACGUCGGGGCUUAUUUUCCGAUUUCGAAGAACACCGGUCAGAGCAGCAUCAAAGCACAACAUCUUCAGGCCAUCAACACAUCCUCCCUUUUUUGCAUUCGAAAAUCGGCCACCGAAGCCUGUGCCAUUGGGCGUGAUACGCACAACAACGUGCGUUAUUCAUUCCAAUGGUAUCAAUCCUUGUCAACACCCAAGACGAAGCACAAUCAUCGUUUACUGUCGAACUCCUAUCUCGCAGAUACCGACGAUUCGAUUGGAGAAUCUUCCCAUAGCAGUCGGAGGACUCACUCGUCCACGGGAUCCAUAUCUUCCUACAGUUCGUCGUCGUCUUGCUCCUCGUCUUCGUCUUCAUCCUACACUUGCUCCUCCUUUUCAAUGUCGACCGCCGGGGUGACCCACCAUACCAUAUCUCUAGCCUCAACCGCCAAUCAUACCAAAGCUACCACUACCACCCGGACAAACAAAGAUAACAAUAACAACAACAUAAGAUGGAUCCCACUGAAGGGGGCCACUGGUCCCACGUUUCAGCCGAACACAACCCUGGUGGGCAAGAAACUGCGCUGCAUUGUCACGGUUCGCCCAAUUCUUGGAACUUCCCAGGACGAAACAGACGAUGAGACAAACCCAUCGAAUGCUGACGAUUCCUCGUCUAAUGACAAUGCGAAUGCCAUAAUGGAUGCCGAUGACGAGAUCAAUGUAAACAAUCUUUCCCUCUUUGGUGACGACUAUGAGGAGCACUAUGACAACGAGAUCCGUGGCAACAACACACAAGAAGGCGUGGAGAAAAUCGUCUGCGACUCUGUUAUUCCAAUCCAGGCCGAUAUGAUUCUUUUUAAUGGUGCCAAACAGGCUAUGCGAAAGCAAGCAAGUGCCAAAUUCGGAAACCUUUUGGGCCGAGGUGGUGGCGAGGGAUGUGUCAACACGACACCGGCCACUGCGACCCUGGCCUGCGGAAAAACCUUCCGGGUCGAGAUUUCGGCGGUUCGAAAGUUUGUAUCCUGUGACACAAAUGCAAGCAACGGCAAUAGACAGCAUGGUCUUCCGAAGCACCGACGCAGCGUGGCAAUGAGCUCCGUCAAAGUCUACUGCCGGUCAUCGCCCGGCGAAGAAUAUCUUCAGCUGACCGAUGUUCCCCUCUUGCAGGUCACAGCGCGGGCGAGCCCAACCAACUCCAGGCACGUAGAUUUGCUUUUUCCGGAUAUUCCACCACCGAGAACCAGCGAGGAGGGUCCUUCUUCCACUAUGACCACCCUCGACUUUCUGUCGGACUUUUGCGUCGUGGAUCACCCUUCCUGUGCCGAGACGGGGGGCAUUCACCGUCUCGAACUGGAGGCACCCAAUCGAAUGACACGGGAAUCUUUCUUGCUGGCCCUGGGGAUUGCUAAUUACCAGGGAAAGGCUUCCCAGCUGGACAACAAAAAGAUCUUGUACCGGGAUGACGUUGCAUUUGAAACGAACUCGCUUGUUUCGUUGCGGCAGAAGCAUACGCCACCUACCACUGGUAGUCCACUUUCAAUACCCAAUGCCCAAAACGAAAAGACCACAUCACCAAAGUCACUAGGAUCAAACAAUGAAUCAGGCAUCGAUGAUUCCCUCGUCACGAUUAGCCCUGGUGUUGGAGAGCGCAGGCAACCCUUGUCGGGAAACCUGAUGCUAUCUCCGACCCCAGCGUCGGGCGUCACUGGCGAUACAAACCAAGUGCUAUCACCAAUUAGCUGCCAUUCGAGCCUCCCGGAUGACAAUGACAGCAACAGCAUUCCGCAAGGAACCGAUGGCAUACAGCAGGCUCUAGCGUUUCCUCCUGUGGUAGAUCAUUCUGGUCGGGUUCGGGAACUCCAACGCGAAAUGCAAAUGCUUCGUGCCCAGCUUUCGCGCAAAGACAAGAUUGUAACGGAGCUCCAGCGACGGGUCCAAUCCUCCGAACGUGCCCACCAGCAAUCCAUGGAGGCUCUGUCCAAUGCCAGACAGGAGCUGAAGCAUUCCCAAGAGGAUUGUGAACGUAUUCUGAUUUCCAAGCGACACGUCGAACGAAGCAUGCAAUCCCAGCACGAGGCAACCCAAAAACUCGAGACAAACCACAAGGUUUCCAUGGACAGCCUCCAGGGAGAGCUUCUGAGACGAAGCGAAAAAAUAGUGGAGCUCGAGAAGCUCAAUCGUGCCCUGCAAAACGAGAAGGCCGUCCUCGGAGCGACGGUAGAGGCACGGGAAUCCAAGCUGGUAAAGCUGGAGGAAUUGCAAGCCUCAAAUAUCGAACUCUCCGAAAAGGUCGCACAGCAAGAACCCCUGAAACUACAAGUAGAGGAAUCCAACCGUCGGUAUGAAAACCUGCAACGUGAUUUCGAGAGCAAGGCAACCGCAGAAACUAAGUGCCGUGAAGAAUUGGAUGCUGCCCUGCACACCAUUCAAAGCAUGAAGAUCCGAAUCCAUACAGAACAAGAAAAGGCGUCCUCCUGCCAGAGUCAGCUCGAGGCAACUCAAAAGACUAACCAGCAAUUGAAGGGGGAGCGCAACAAUUUUAAGAAAAAAAACGAGAGUCUUUCGAAGGAAGUCGCACGGCUCUGCAGGGGUGGAAGGAGCAUGAGAGACAUCGAAAAGGUUCUGGCCGAUCAUGAAUCUCUUGUGCAAGAAACCGAGCUGCUGCGGGCACAAAAGCGAAAGGCCCUAGAAGAGGCACAGCAGUAUCGGAUCUCGUAUGAACAGGCCAAGGCGGCUGAGGAGAUGUCUACGGGAAUGGACAACCGAGAAACCCGGCGUGUGUUGGAGCGCACGACGGAACUCGAACGCCUGCUGUCAGAGAUGACCGACUAUGUCAGUGCCAAGGAGAUGCAACUGGACACCAUGAAGCAAGUCAACGAAACCCUGCAAAAGGAAAUCCAUAAUCUGGCAAAGGCCAACCUCAGAAACGAUGAAGUGUAAAACCAAAGAAAACAACCACGCAUAAAUACUGCUAGAAAUU